GGUUAAUAAAGAGCAAAGAAGAAGCUCUCCAUUCCGAGCUUGUUCUCUGGAAAUGUUUCAUUUUAUUUUUGUCAAAUCGUUCAAACCGUCAAAAUGAACAAGUUGAGUAAAUCUCAGGAGUUUGACUCGUAUGAGGUGGAAGAACCGAGUGACGAGGAGCGAGCUGCCAGCAGUUCGGAGGAUGAGCUGGACGUGCUGCUGAACGGAACCCCGGAGCAGAAGAAGAAGCUGAUCCGGGAGUACCUGACCGGGGAGAGCGAGUCCUCCAGCGGGGACGAGUUUGAGAAAGAGAUGGAGGCAGAGCUGAGCUCCACCAUCAGGAACAUGGAGGGAACCUGGGGUCCAUCAGCUGGCACGAGAAGUACCGUACGCAGUAUCGAGCCAUGUUUGUGAUGAACUGCACGGUGAAACGAGACGAGCUGCUGCGCUACAAAGACCAGCAGCUGAGGAAGCCGAGGAAGAGGAGGAGAGGCCAGAAAGCUGAAGCUCCUGCAGACCAAGCUGCCGCCUCGAUGCCGGCGGCCGUGAUGGACUCAGACGAGGUUUAUCACCCGGUGAAGUGUUCUGAGUGCUCCACUGAGGUCGCUGUGCUCGAUAAAGACGAGGUCUACCAUUUUUUUAACAUCCUGGCCAGCCACUGCUGAGACRACCUGAGCUUUGGUUCAGCUGCUUCACAGAGGAGUGACUCAUCACCUCGACCUCUGAGGAUCUUUGACUUUCUUGGAUUUAAUCACUUUGAAAUAAUCUYGUUAUUUGGAUUUAAUCUCAAAUCAUUUCCUGGAUAAUUAAAUCUAUUUCUGGAUGAAAAAAGUGGUGAAACCUUCAGUGUGUGCUCCGUCUGAGGAAACAUUUUAUGUUUUAUACAAAAACUGAAACAUGUUGUGCUUUUAAUAAACUGUCCUAAAAGUUA